AUGGCCGACAACGAAGAUGGCGUAUCUGCUCCCGCGGAGCCCCUUGAUCUUGUGCGCUUGUGCCUCGACGAGGUUGUGUUUGUGAAGCUGCGAGGAGACCGAGAGCUGAAGGGGAGACUACAUGCAUACGACAGUCAUUGCAAUCUCGUGCUAGGAGAUGUAGAGGAGACAGUAUACGUGGUUGAAGAAGACGAGGACGAAGAAGAGACCGUCAAGACAAUUCACAAGAAAUCCGAGAUGCUUUUUGUCAGAGGUGACAGCGUAGUCCUCAUCUCUCCCCAAGCGCCGUCAUGA